AUGGAGAACGAAGGAUGUAAAAUGGAUCGAGAACUCCUAAUAGAUUUGAUUAAGCUAUUUAAGGUUGUUAGCUUUCAUCACUUGACUCGAGAUAAAAACUGUUUCGCUGAUGCUUUAGCCACUUUAGCAGCAAUGAUCCAACUUGAUUGUGGAGUCCAUGUCCAACCCAUUCAAGUAGAAGCUAGAAGCUUUCCAACAUACUGUCUGAAUGUUGAAGAAGGUCAAGAAGAAUAUCCUUGGUUUCAGGAUAUUAAGGACUAUAUCACUAAGAGAUCAUACCCAACUGGAAUGAUUGAGAAUGAAAAGAAAACCCUUCAUCGUUUGGCUAUGACAUUCUUUAUCAGUAAAGAUGUUCUAUACAAGAGGGGUUAUGAUGGUACCUUACUUCGCUGUAAAAUAUUACCUAACCAAGAAGAUAAUAGAGGCAAAUGGGCUCCAACCUAUGAGGGACCCUAUGUUGUUAAACAUGCCUUUUCUGGAGGAGCACUGAUCCUAGCUGACAUGGACGGUCAAGAGUUAGCAAAGCCUAUUAAUGUGGAUGCUGUCAAGCGUUACUUUGCUUAA